AUGGAUGACUGUUAUGUGCAUGUCUGCGCAAAGACCACCAUUGCUGUCCUGAUGCUGAAAAUCCUACUUGCCUGGCUGCCAUUGACUACAGUACUGUAUAAAUUACUGAUCGAGAACAAGCAUGCCGCCAGUAAAGUCAGAACUCAUGAACUGCAUGCUUUGUCUUCGUUAGGCAUUAAGGGAAAGUUAGGAGUGAGAGGGCCACCUGGCAAGCCUGGAAUUCCCGGAAAACAAGGUCCACCAGGACUGAGGGGUGCAGAAGGUUUCCCUGGCUCUGACUCUGUGAUCGGAUUCCCUGGAAAACCUGGACUACCUGGAAAACCUGGACUACCUGGUGAAAAGGGUAGUCAAGGGCUUCCUGGACUUGCUGGAUUACCUGGUCGACAGGGGGAAAAAGGCACCUUUGGCAUCUCAGGCAGCACAGGGGCACCAGGACCUAAGGGUGAGCAUGGACUGCGUGGUCAUCCAGGAAAGCCAGGCUCAAGAGGUCUCCCUGGAGCUCAAGGGGAUCAAGGGCAGAAGAGCGAGCCUGGCUUGAAGGGUCUUCCUGGAGAAGACGGUGACCAAGGCUUGAUGGGUUUUCAAGGUUUUCCAGGACCAAAGGGCCCAGAUGGUGACAUCGGUCUAGUUGGCAUUAUUGGUCCCAAAGGUCCUUCAGGGCAAAUUGGGAACAGAGGUCCAAGAGGCCCUGGUGGUAUAAUUGGACCUACAGGUAAUCUGGGAAAUCGUGGCGACAAGGGCUCCAGGGGGGAAAUGGGACCUCAAGGACUAAGAGGACAACCAGGCCCUCCUACUCUCAAACCGCAGCUGGAAUGGGGGGGUGGCAGGGUCCACCGGGUGCUCCAGGACGAUCUGUAA